AUUUGUUGAACUAAAAUGCUAAAAAUGUCUUGUUAUGGUCCCGUUUUAAAUUUUCCCGGGUCGAUAACAACGCCAUCUAGCGGUAAAAUUUGAAACGUCCAAUUGGAAACACAAUAAAAAAGUAAACAAACAAAAAUGUUAUGGCGAUUUCCCAUUUUUAAAAGUUAAGAAGAUUUUAAAUUGACGGCCAUUCAAUGGAAAAUGCAUUGACCAACGAACUGGGUGAAUUUGUAACGUGUGGCGUUUGCACGUCUGAAUUUGAUGCCGAAAAAAGGAAACCGAAAUUUCUGCAAUGUGCACACACAGUUUGCCUUCUCUGUUUGGAGAAAACAUGUCAUGAUGAGACCAUUAUCUGUCCUUUCUGCUGUAAAACUUCAACACAAUUGAAUGUCCAUAAUCUACCCAACAAUGGUUAUGUUCUCCACAUGCUCAACAUGCUAAAAUUGGAGGGAGAAAAACUCGCACCAGCUACACCUGUUGCCGCCCUGCAGGGACCUACUUGGUGCUUAACAUGUGGAACUCUGAGAAAAACUACAUGUGCAGCACCUGAACAUUCUUCAGUCAACCUUACACGUUCCACUUUAAAGAAUAUAGAAGCCUUAGUUCACCUCAAGGAAGAUUUGCAGGAAGCCAAACUUGAAGUUGCUAGCGACUUGGCCUUGUCCAUUAAAAAACGAAAGAAAUUCAAGAAAUAUUUAAAUCUGCUAAUCAAAGAAUUCACAACUGCAAUAGAAGAAAUUGAUGAACUUCAAGAUGAAAAUGAUUCUAUUAUGUGGCAAACGACUGUAGAAUUGAAUGAGGCUCGUCAAGCCACAGCUUCGCCACACAUAUCGGACGACAAUUUCUUGUCAAAUUUAUCCUCCCUGUUGGACGAUUUAAAUCCCAAAGACAUGCCGGUGAUGGACGCACUCAAAUUCAAGUUAGACAAGUCAUUCGAAAUCUUUGAGAAAAGUUUCCACGAAACGGUUACCACAGCUUCCUACCACGAACUGCGGAAGAAAUUAAGAAUUCAAAUCAGUUUGUUUGACAAAGAAGAUCGUCCGAUUCCUUUGACGUGUCCUUUGCUCGAAGAAGGGUUCUCGUUGGAUAAAACAAGUGCAUUAGACGAUUCCAUCCAGCAAGAUUUGAACUUACUCUCUUGUCUCAUGUUUUCUUCAUUGCGAAGACAAAAUAUUCCGUUGACGACUACCGUUUCAUCUGUCACAGAUCCUGUUCCUUCUAUUUCCCAGGAUCCCAAUCCUAUCGUGUACUCAGAAGACGAUAGAAGCCAAGAAAAAGUGCCUUCCGUUCUUGAAUCGAACGAUCGUACAGUUUCGCCUGAAAUCAGUUUACCUUUUAAUCUGCCCGUCAACAACAAAUUCAUCCCUGGUCAGUCCAUUUUCAUUCUGAGACUGUGGCAAUCUGGUAUUCUGAAUGGCGCAAUCUAUAUUCGCCCCGAGCCUACAUUUCAUCCGGUAUUUACACAAAGUUUGGGCGAAUUUUGUUUCCAGUUUCCGAAAAUCUUUUUCUCAUCCGCCAUGAAGGUCCUCCCCGAAGAGUUGAUCUUAUUCCCAAUGGUUCAUCCCAUGUUCCAGCCUUUCUUGCCAGCCAUGAUAUCCAACUUUAAUCGCCAGGUGUCGAGGUGUACCAUCUCUGGGAUUGACGAUGUUGGAGUGAACAAAUUUAUCGUUUCAGCCUGUCACAACAGAAUAAUCGGUUGGAAUUUCGUCUUUCCUUUGAGUAAUAACAUGUGCUCCAUUCAGCACGCCACACUGCAACCAAUAGCACCAGUCGCCGAGCUUUUUGGUCGCGUCAUCCAUCGCCAAAUGUCAAAAUCAAUGGUCGAGCUGAGCAGAGCCCAAGCCAGUGACUAUACAUUGACUCUUGAAUCGAGAUAAUUAUUAAUAAGGCAAUAGUUUUUUGUUCUUUUUAACGUUGUCCAGAUAUAAAAUAACCGCCUUAUUAAUAGUCUUAAUUCGUUCAUUAUGAAAUAGCCCGUGAAGUAAUUUGAGCGCACUUUCUAAUGCUUGAUAAAAACAGAAUAAACUUUUGUAUUGUCCACUAAAGAUAAUUUCCCGGUCGGUGGACGAGAACUAUUUUUCCAUUCCGAUUUGAACAGAUUCCUGGAUUAAAACGGUCGUCCGAUUUUCAAGAAUAACUGGCGUCGAUUUCUUUGUAGUUUCCUUCGUGUUCUAGUGUAACUUUGCACAGUAUAUAAAAUGGCAAGUCUGGUACGAUGACAAGUUCUGACACUAUUUGGAGCAGAAGAACUUCACGAAAUAUGAAGUCGAAAAUGGCUACGUCGAGUGUCGAAACAUUGGAAGAACUUGUCACUUGUAACAUUUGCUCAAACCAAUAUGAUGAGGAAAUUAGGAAACCAAAGUUUCUUCAGUGUAGCCACACCAUUUGUCUUGAGUGCUUUGAAGCUGCACGUCAAGAAAACACUGUUACAUGCCCUUAUUGUCGAAAACGCACGUUAAAAGACAAUGGUGAUGAUGAAGAGUGGGUUCUUCCCAACAACCAGUAUGCGUUAGAAAUGCUCAGAUUGAAAAGAAGUGGAUUGGAUUCCAUGUCAUCGACUGUAGAAUUGAGGGAGCCAGCAGAAGAAGAUGUUGAUGAAGAUGCGAUGAUGGAGGUGGUGGCUGAAUGCUUCAUGGUUGCAUUUGCGCAGGCUGUGAGUAGUAGGGAGAUGGAAGAGGAAACCUUGAACGAAGCCUAUUACCAGAGCUUAUUGGAUGAUCAUCAAGAACCAGAGGUUACGGUAGCAGAGCCCCCUGCCAUCCCAUACAUAGAGCCAGCAGGAGAGGAAGAAGAGGAGGAACAACUGAUGUUGGCGCUGGCCCUUAGUUGUACAGAGAUGUAAGAGCAAUUCUUAAAUGAAGUCACGAACCAGACUGUCUUAUUGGACCAGCAGCUAGAACAGUUACAGCAGUUACAGUAACAGUUACAGCACCCGCUGCCAUCAUAUGCACCACCGUGCCUUAUUCAACUAUAGUGCCGAGAGAGACGCUAUUAUACCAAUUGUUUUACUACUCUGAGUGGGUUUUUUAAUUGGGACAUCCUAAUCGAAUUCGAAACAACUCUUACCAAAAAAAUCAAUAUAAGAUUUUAAAGCUCUUUGAUAUAAAAUAAAACUUGGGUU